GCUUCAUUGAUUGACGCGAAACUUAAAGAGGGGGGUGCGAAGCGAAGAGGACGAAGACAACAGUCAACAACACCCCCACAACACCACUGCACCCGAGUGUUUGCGAUGUGCAUGAAGCAUCAUGACGGCGGCAACCGAUGAACAACGACAACAACAGCGGGAGCAGCAACACCAGGAUCAACAACAUGCCCUCGUCCGCCUGAAGAAGGCUAAACAAGUGCACGAGCUGCUGCAAGAGUAUGAGAUCGAGAGCUUGAACGAGCUCCUGCCUCUCAACAGGCUGGAAAUUGAGUACCAGUUUCGUGACGAGGAUCCAGUGACUCUGCAGCGUGUAUGCGAUGCCAUCAACUACGCCAAAUCAAAGCCAGAGUGGCUCACCCGCGAAUGGCACCAUGCAUGGGCAGCAUCGUUCAUGGGCGGCGCAAUCCUGCUGGCAUGGGUGCUCGGCUUCUUCGGCGUCUCCAUCAUCUGGACGCUUCUCCUCGCAGCCGUCGUCAUUGAGGGCAGCAGGCGCAUGAAGGACGCAUACUUCCAACAAGUCACGCUGUCUGCCCGACGCCAGGCCUCCAAGAUGCGGGCGCUGCAUUUUGGGGAGAGUGCGGAGUGGUUCAACCAGCUGCUGCAGGACUGCUGGCGGCUCGGUGCGCGCGUGUACUUCCAAGACCUCAUCCAGGAAUCCGUCAACGACGUGUUUGAGUUCUACAAGCUGCCCGGCAUGCAAUCGCUGGCCAUCUCUGAGCUGGAUCUUGGUGGGGAAGGACUCACAAUCACACAGAUCCACCACUUUCCUGCGGAAAACGAGAACGAGCGAACGGUGGACGUUGCGCUGUCGUUUGCCAGCAGCGAUGCCCGCAUCGUCAUCAAGGCCAAGUUGAUGGGCAUCACGGCAGCAUGCACGCUCUCCAAACUCGAUGUGCACGCACACGCGCGCUUGUACAUCACCCUCAACAAGGACCUCCCAAUGCCGUUUGUCCAAUCCGUCCAGCUCUCGCUGUUGAGUUCGCCCACCAUCAACUUUGGCCUUGUUCCCAUCGGCACCUUCGACCUCAUGAAGGUGUUCCCCGUAUUUGACCGCUGGGUGAAAGGGGUGCUGGUGUCGUGCGUGGACGAGCUGUUCCUUGAGCCAGAGCGCUUUGAAGUCUACUGCGGCGACCCAAACCCUGCAGACGGCGCAGACACAACAGGCCUAGUGUGCGGGGUGCUGCUUGUGGAUGUCGUUGCUGGUCGCGAUCUUCAACCAACAGGGUCAUCGAAGCGCAAGCGGCGACGGCCACCGGAAUUUAGCGUGUGUGUGCAGUCAGCGCUGCAGCGAUGCGAGACGCCGCCCGCACAGGGGCCCGAUCCUGCCUGGCAGCACCAGUUUGCGCUCUUGAUCUUCAACGCCACAGCAGACAAGGUAUCGCUGGAUGUGUUUGACCGGCGGAUGGGCCUGAAGCCCUCGCUCGUCGGCCGCGCCCGCUUUCGCAUGAGCGAAAUCGUCUCAGACCCAGUGGGAUACGGCAAGACGGUUGAGUUUACGCUUGACAUGCUGGACAAGGUUGGCACGGUCGACGUGCGGUUCCGGUAUGUGCGGCUGCCCAUCCUACCGUCUCGCUUCCUCCCGCCACACAUCAUCACGAAGCGCAAGCGAAAAGGGACUGCUGGUGCUGGUGCUGCUGGUGCUGGUGGUGACAGUGACGGUGGGGUGCACAGUGGCAGCGGUGCACAGCACCAGGCGACGGCUGGAGAAUCAGCGGGGCGUAAGCAGACGCGCCAGGGGAAAGGCCGAGCCAACGGGAGUGUCAAGGCGCACCGUUCCAGCAGCAGCAUCGCAGGCCACGGUGGCGAUGGUGAUGAUGUCAGCACGACAAGCACCAGCAGCAAGAACAAGAGCAAGAGCAAGAAAGGUCGCACACAACAACAACAGCAGCAGCAGCGCCGCCACCGCAAGCAGUCGACAGCAAAGGACGAGAGGCAGAAGCAAGGCAGCGGUCGCGAUAAGGGCAAUGUUGGUGACGAUGAUAACGGUGAUGGCGAUGAUGGUGGGCGGGGUGGGGACAGUCAAGCGCAGUUGUCUACGGAGGACACGAAUGAGGGUGGCACUGCUGCGCCCAUCGAACAGCAGUUGCAGGCGGAGGAGGAGAAGGACGCAGCGCGGCUGGUGUCACUGCAGGAACAGGAGUGCAGCAGCCCCACGGGCGUGCUGUAUGUGCGCGUACACGAAGCAGCGGGACUCAAGCCACUCGACCGCUCAAAGCUGAGCGAUCCGUUCUGCGUUAUGAAGUGCAACGGCGCCAAGGCCCUAAGCACACCUGUCGUGUUCAAGACUCUCAACCCAAAUUGGGAAAGCGUUGUUCCUCGCAAAGCGAAGUACUCUGUGUUCAAGGAAUUUUUGGUGUCGGACGUGCAUCGCACACGGCUGGAGUUCCGGGUGUUUGAUCACGACACUUUCAGCCUCAACGACUUUAUCGGCUCAUGCGCCGUCAGGCUUGACUCGCUGGUGUCAGAAUACCAGCACGUGUGUGUGGAUCAGUGGCUGACCCUCUCCUCGGCCAAAGUGCCAACCGCAACAACCCUCGGCGACGAGAUGCGGGAUGACGGGCGCGGAUCUGUGCGUGUGUCCAUCAUCUACCGCCCCGUUCCCGUUGACCAGGCGACAUUCGACACAGAGACGUGCAUGGGCCGUCUUCGCGCAAAGCGCCGCACAAAACCAUCAGGGAACCAACAGGCAAAGAAGGCAACGCAUCGACAAGACCCGACAGGCGGUCCGAUCAAGGCACCAGAGCACUAUCCAAAGGGCGGGCUGCUGCGUGCGCAAAUCUGCGAGGGGCGCAACCUGCUGCCAAAGGACAAGAGCAUGUUUGGUCAUCGCUCCAGCGAUCCAUAUGUCAUUGCGCGGCUGGGGCAGUUCGACCUGUACAAGACCAAGGUGAUCAACAAGACCCUGAAACCCAUCUGGACAGGCGAGUCGUUCACAGCCACUGUGAUGGACACAACCACGGAGCCGCUGUCCUUCUCCGUCUUUGACUACGAUCGUCUCUCGCGGGACGAUUUUAUGGGCAACAUUGUGAUCAAGUUGAACGAAGACCUGGACGGAACACCGCGAUGGUAUGACCUUGGUCCGGACAACAACGGGCAGCUGAAGCUCAAGCUGUCGUUCACACCCGCCAAUCAGGUGAAACGCACGCGCCGCGCAUCGACACUGCAAUCGAUUUCGCCAUUGCCAGCAGCAGUUGUGGCGGUUCAGGAUGAUGCUACCGCUGGUGCAGGCGAUGAUGAUGAUUAUGACGACGAUGUUUACGACAACAACAACGACGACGACGACGACGACGACGACGACGACGACGAUGAUGAUGAUGAUGAUGAUGAUGAUGAUGAUGAUGAUGAUGGACAAGAUGGCAGCACUGGCCUUGAUGCAGCUGGCAAGAUGUCCAACAGCAGUAGCAAGGGCGGGGGAGGUGCGAUCAAGACGAACCGAUGGCGUGGUGGUCGUCAGAAGGACAAUGCAUCCAGUGAUACGCUGGACGUGCCGGCGAUUGACUCAUUCUCGGAGGCGACAACAGACUUUGGUGCAUAUGUUGACGACUUUGAGGAGGACGCAGACUCUUGGAUUGGUCUCCCACGGUUUGGGCUUCGGAGCAAGAGCAGAGACAACUCAUUCCACACCACAUUAGAGUACGACAGCACCACCCGUGAUGCUUCUUUGCCUCUGCUCGAAGUGGAGGGUGAACUUGUUGCCGUCCACAAUCUCAGUGGCAGCCACGCCUCCGCCAAGCUAUCGGCUUGGCUCGGUGAAGCCUUUGCCACACUGCACAAGUCGCAGGAGAUGUGUGUGGACCACGGCUGCAUGCGGUUCCAGCACGUGUCGUUCCGACUGCACCGGGCACAGGUCACAGACUCGUUCCAGCUGCAGGUGCACACGCGCACGUCUCGACUGCGUAAGUCCUUGGCGGCCACAGGAACGUUCACGCUGCAGGACUUGCUGGGCGAGGAGACUGCAGCAGCACUUACCACGCACAUGCCAUCGCCAGCGUCAUCAUCGUCGUUGUCAGCAUCAAUGGCAGUGCCAUUCACGUUAAAUGCGAGGACCGUGCUGCAGGGGCACCGCGCAGCGCUCGAUGCAACAGCAGAUAUCGUGGCCCAACUCACCAUCAAAGUGACGGCCGUGUCGGGUGGCAAUGGCGACGCUGACGAUGGUGGCAGUGAUGCUGGUGGCAGUGAUGGUGACAGCCGUCGUCGUCAUCGUCAUCAUGGUGAUUCCAAAGCGCACGGCGGCAGCAGGAGCAGCAGCAGCAUUGCGUCAAUGCUGAAGGAGGAGGUGGUGUGACGCGGUGAAGUGGGGAGGCGAAGUUAUCGUGGGCUGUAGGAUGCUGGGUUUGGUUUGACACGCACUGUGUGACCCCAUUAAUGACAACGAGAGAGCGAGACCGAGAGAGAAAGAGAGAGAGAGAGAGAGAGAGAGAGAGAGAGAGAGAGAGAGAGAGAGAGAGCGAGAGAGAGAUAGUGUGUGUGUGUUUGCGUGCGUGUGUGUGCGUGUGUUUGCGUGCCACGUCAUGGUGCAUGUGCUGGCAU